AUGCAUCAGUUGUAUCGUGAUGCUCCGAUAAGAUUAUUAAUCUUGGUAUCCUGUGUAGAUAACGAGCCGUUCAUGUCCUUGGUGUCGGAGAGUUCGGGGCGACGUUCUUCGCCACAUCGUAACUUACGAAUGGUUCGAAAUUUGUCACGUGGAUGUUCUGGUUCAGUAGAUGCUGGUACCUCCUUUAUUCCCAAUUUUUCGGCUGCUGCAAGUGAGGGCAUGAAAUUGACAGCUGAUGAUGAUAACUGGGCAGAAAAUACUACGAUUAUAACUGGCAAUACAAGCGAACAUUCAUAUAGUGGUCUCGCCGAAAGAGCGCUUGUGGCUCCAGUUGGACGUGUUGUUGCAAGGAGAUGUUCUCGGAUAUUUUGGCUUCUCAGUGCUUCGCUUAUUUCAUUUGUGGCUAUUAUUUCUCCCGCUCUUAUGGUUGCUUUACCAAUUAUUUUGCAUCAGAUUGGAUUCGGCUGGCCCGAGGUAUUAUGUGGUGCUGAUUGCCAAGGACUGAUGUUGAAUUUGGCAGUGAAAACAUUGUUAUUAUUAGGCGCACUUUGGGCGAUGUAUUUCCGGCAUGCUUCAGCGGAUAUGCCACGUCUAUUUUUUCAUCGUGCUGCAUUGGCAUUCUUAUCUUUAUUCAUUCUUUUUGCCUUCUGGUUGUUCUAUUCUGUUCGUAUAUUAUUCGAGAAAGAAAGCAGUUAUAAUGUGAUUGUCGGUUUUGCUCUUUCAUUACUCGAUUCAAUGCUUUAUUUGCACUACAUUACGGUCAUCAUUUUGGAGUUGCGGGCUUUAAGGCCAGAAUUCAUUGUUAGCGUUGUAAGGGAUCCGGAUGGAGAAAGUCGAACUUUUAGCCUCGGUCUGAUGAGCAUCCAAGAAGCUGCUGUCCAUAUUCUCAGGAUGUACUAUUCUACUUUCCCGUCUUAUAAUCCGUAUAUGGAUAAAUCAUUCAACGGAGGUUCAAUACAUUUCCGGUCUGGUGUGUCACAACCAGUUGGGGGUUUCAAGAUGUAUGAUAUCGAAGGUUUGGGUAACGAAUGUACUAUAACAGAGGCUAAUGCUCGUGCCAUCAUGGAGGCUGCUGCAAAAAGACGAAUUGGUGGACACAAUGAACGUUACCAUGAAAUAAUAGAGUGGGAACGGCGAGUGCAAAAGCGGAAAUAUCGCUUGAUUAGUACUACAGAAGAGGCGUUUGCAAGUGUUCAAAAUGUGACGGUCAACAAUCAAAAUAAGGUUUUGGGAGAGCCUAUGGAAGCACUUGGGGCAGCUCAAGCAGUGUUUUCUGCGAUCGCUAGGCCACUGAAUAAGUAUUUGAAGCUUACUCGACAACAACCUCGUCAUACAGCUGAUCAAGUUGUUGCUCAUCUUGCUCGCUGUCUUUCACUUCGUUUUACAGCUGCUACUUUUCUGCAAAGAUUUUUCUCUUCGAAAUUUCCUUUCCCAGAACGCGUGAGAGAGACGAAGUGGUCAAUUGUAUGCAAUGUUCAAGCAUCCGCUGGUAUUAAACAUGGCACAGUCUUUGUAUUGCGUUGUCACGAACGUGAUGAUGAUGCUGGAGUGCAGUUGCUUUGCUCACUUCAUUCGUUUCCUUUUUUUAAUCUUACUGAACAGCAAUCGUCGACAUCAAAAUUCGCCUUAAAAAUUACCCCAGAAUCAAAUGUUUAG